AUGGAUAGCUUGAGAAAAUGCCAAGCAAAUUACACUCCCUUAACUCCUAUACAUUUCCUAAAGCGGGCCGCUUCAGUAUAUGCGGAUCGUACCUCCAUCAUCUACGGCGAUAAUGUUCGUUUCACCUGGAAAGAAACCUAUCAACGGUGUCGCCGCCUUGCUUCCUCCCUGAAAUCUUUGAACAUCGUCAAAGACAGCGUUGUUUCGGUUUUGGCACCAAAUAUUCCGGCAAUAUACGAAAUGCAUUUUGCGGUGCCCAUGGCAGGUGCUGUCUUAAACCCUAUCAACUCAAGACUUGAUGCUAAGACCAUUGCCAACAUUCUCAAGCAUUCCGAAGCCAAACUCUUGUUUGUUGAUUUCCAGUUUGUUCCGGUAGCUACCGAGGCACUCGGAAUCCUACAAAAUCUUAACAGAACUUCGAUGAUGGUCGUCGACAUGCCACGAGUAAUCGUCAUCGAUAACCUCGGAUCUCCUACCGGCGUUCGUCUCCACGGCGGGCUGGAGGAUGAAGGAGAAGAAUACGAAGAAUUAGUUCGACGAGGAAAUCCAGGGUACGUCCCGGAUGAACUCGAAGAUGAAUGGGAUUCAAUCACGUUGAGUUAUACGUCCGGGACGACAUCUACCCCGAAAGGGGUCGUGUGUAGCCAUAGGGGAGCAUAUUUGACCGCCUUAAGCCUGAUUCUGGGUUGGGAAAUGGGUAAAACCCCGGUUUAUUUAUGGACGCUCCCAAUGUUUCACUGCAGUGGGUGGAGUUUCACGUGGGGUAUCGCGGCGCGAGGCGGCACCAAUGUGUGCAUCCGAAACCCGACGGUGCAAGCGAUGUACGAGGCCAUUUCGCGACACGGCGUGACCCACAUGUGCUGUGCUCCCAUCAUUUUAAGCAUCCUUCUGGAGGCCAAGCCCAAUGAGCGCGUGGCAAUCAACAACCCGGUGCAGGUACUCACCGGUGGAGCCCCACAGCCGCCCGCGCUCGUGGGGAAAAUGGAAGCCUUAGGAUUCAGCGUGGUUCAUGGGUACGGGUUAACCGAAGCCACGGGGACUGCGCUAGUUUGCGAGUGGCAAGAAAGCUGGAAAGAUUUGGGAGCAAAUGAUCAGGCCGCCCAGCUCAAGUCCAGACAAGGGGUUGGGAUAUUGAGCCUUGCCGAUGUUGAUGUCGUUAAGGAUUUAGACAAACUGGAAAGUGUGGCCCGAGAUGGGAAAACAAUGGGAGAAGUCGUCCUACGUGGGAGUGGCCUCAUGAAAGGAUACCUCAAAGACAACGGAAGCGACCGCGAAAGCAUUUCACAAAGAGAAAUGGUUCGUGACGGCCUGGAAAUCGAAAGCGUGAUUUACAAACACCCUUGUGUGGCUGAGGCUUCGGUUGUAGCCAUGCCACAUCCAAAGUGGGGAGAAAGUCCUUGUGCAUUUGUGAAGCUGAUGAAGGAUACUAGUGCUAUGAGUAGCAUUGGUGAGGAAGAAAUAAUAUCCCAUUGCAAGCAGAAUUUGCCUGGUUUUAUGGCACCAAAGAUGGUGAGUUUCGUGGAGGAAUUGCCCAAGACUUCAACCGGGAAGAUUCAAAAGUUACAACUUAGAGAAAUGGCCAGAUCUUUUGUCAUAUCAUAAAACAAAACAGGAGGCCAAAAUAUUCACGACAACAUGAAUUCUAUAGUUGGUGCUUGAUUUCGGUGCGCUGCUGGUCAUUCAUUCUAAUUGACAAGCUGCGGGCAAGAGCUCCCGCAGAUUACAGUUCGCUUCGUGUGUGCUUUCAGUUUCAGAAUUUAACAUUGAAAUCCUCCUCCUAGCUAGUAUUUCAAGUAUCAAAUAAAUUAGCAAAUCCCUUGUGAAAAUGUCCUUGUGCCAUUUUUUUGUGAAUUCC